AUGACGAAUAACGCCGCCGAACCUCCUCUUGUCGGUGUUUACCAUCCGCCGCCGCAUCCCACGGAGAAUAGGUGCGGUACUUCUACCAUGUAUGGUUAUCUUCGGUAUGUUCUCCAUCCGAACCAUAAGGUAGCGUACUUCGGGCGCAUGUAUGGUUAUCUUCGGUAUGUUCUCCAUCCGAACCAUAAGGUAGCGUACGAGUUCGUUCUGGGCAACGUCAUCUUCCCCGAGGACUGGGACGCACACCUGAAGAGCAACAUGUAUCUACACCGCUUCUACAGUUCCGCACCAGCUUCGGCCAAGUACUCUCCUCAGGGCAAGGGAACGCCUGCUGCCGGGAGUCAGGCCCAGAAGUCCGCCGCCAAAAAGGAGGCAACGAAGGAAGUCUUGCAGUACCACCGCAAUCUCCCAGCGCACGGCCUGCGGGAGACGGCCCACGCUCACCGCCCAGACGAUAUGAUAUUUAAUCGCACUGGCAUGGCCAGGAUGUUAUACUCCGUACUCGAUGGAGUUAUGGUGUCCUUGGUCGAGUGCCUGGCCCGUGUUGGGCAUUUUGGGUGUUUAGACCUCGAAUCACUCUUCCCGGGCAGAGUUGGGAGCAAGAAGCCCUAG